AUGACUCCAUCCAACACUUCCCAAUUGGUUAUCCCGCUGACCGCCGAUGGAUCGCGAUUAGGACCUGACAUAAGGCGUCCUGUGAUGUUUGAGGUUGUUGAGGGACAGCCCAGACUCUGCGUUAGGAAGGACGAGGACUACAGUGCUGGAUGUGUCCAGAGGAUGGCCGUGCUGCCUCAGGGAGCGGCGGCCGGCGUCGUUCCCACGUGGACUUCAGCCGGUCGUUUCUCCGGCCUUCAGAGUCUCGAUCUCAUUCUGAGCAAAGGCAUCAAACACAAUGUUUCCUGUGGUUUUAAAUACAGCAGAUAG